CAAAGUCAGUCACUCAGUUGCUUCCUCCACCAGCAAACAGCCUCAACACUCUGCACAUCAACAGGUCGACAACUGAGCCCAACACAUCAUGGAGAACAGUUCCAUCAGUUUGGAAUCCAUCCAGGAGGCAGGAAUGCUCAGAUCAGGUGUUGUCAGAAACCCGUACCUGGCUGGAGGAUACUUGAUAGGAAGCUCCCUGCUGGGCCUCCUCGUCAUCAUCUGGGCCUUCUGGUACCAUCGCAGCAAUCUCAGCCUUUUUAAAAGAUCCUGCAUCAUGUCCUUCACCUGCCAGGAAAACAGCCUCAUGGGUGUUCAACUCAUCUACAGCUGUCUGUUGACUCUGCUCAUCAUGGAUGCUCUGAAUCUGAUCGUGACAUUAAUCUUUGGAGCUGCACUAGUUACGUUGUCCUGCUACAAUCCAAUCAACUGUCUUCAGGCCGAAAACAUCUGGUUCCUGUCCAGGUGGUUUGGAGUGAUUAUUCAUCUUGUGAACGCCUCGUUGUCCAUCUAUAAUCUGCAUCAGCCACUGAGUGUAGCCAGGGUUUGCAUCGCCUACUCAUUGGUUUCUGUGGUGAUUAUCAUUAUGGUCCCAGUUUAUCUGUAUGUCUACAAAGCACCCAUAUUCACUUUGGCUGCUUUCAUGUUUCUGUUUGCUCCGUCCGUCAUUGUAGCAUCUACAGCAUCUACCUCAUCCCCGUCCACUUCCACCCUGAAGAAACUGAUCAUAGUCGUUGCCAUGUGUAACUUCCUGGUUGUCUACAUCCCCACUUUCAUUCUCCAGUGCCUCGUGUACACCGCAGUCUACAUUUCUGACUUCUUGAAUUAUCGAAAUAUUUAUGCAGAUGUUCUGAUUUUCACAAACUUUCACCUCAUUUUCGAUGGACUCCAGUGCGCUUUAUUCCUGAAGUUGCCUUCUGGAGAAGAACAGCCACAGCAGCAAGAACAGCUACAACAGCAACAGUUGGGUUUCCAAAAUUCCGGAUUCACUGGUUCUACAAAUGUAUAUCAAUAGCAUCCAACAUCCCAACCACUGGUAGAUAACCUAGCAUUGUUUCACUAUUCAAAAUGAUUUCUGUCUUCAUGGACUGUAUCUGUUGGACAGAAGGGUGCAGCUCAUACUUUAUUCAUAUAGACCCUGAAUUUUAAAGAUGAAAAUCAGUUUCACCCUCUCUGACUUAAAAUGCAGCAUAAAGCAAGAAGAAAUGUGUGAAUACUUCCAUAAUGUACAGGCAGUGGAGAGCUGUAUAAAAUAAAGUUGAUGAAAAUAGCAGCAACUUCGAAAACUUCAAAAUAAAACAUCUGUUCAAUAUGUUGGUUUGUCCAAUUGCUUCAAGGUGGAGGGCACAUCUGAAAUAUGUUGGAAUUCCUACAAUGGUCAACUGAUCUGGAUGUAAAUACCCUCAAAUUAAAGCUGAA